CUGAAGUUUUCUGUUGGUUUCCAGAGAAAAAAUAAAAAACGAGUUCCAAGCUUUCGCAAGUUGUUGAAAACUAGUAAAAUAAAACUUGACAACAAGUUAAAGAAUAAACAGUUUAAGCAGCAGAGUACUGCUAAGAAAUAUCGAAAAGAACAAAGAAAACUUAGACAAGCUGUCAAAGAUGUUACAUCCAGAACAUCUGUUCCUUUGGAGGAAUACAAAAACAAAAAUGCAGCUGAAAGAAAGAAGGAAGAGGAGGAAGAGGAAGCUCUUCCACUGGAUAUGAUGGACGAAGAUGACCUGAAAUUAAUGGAAGAUUUGGCUCAAAAAGCAUCAUUUUUAACAAGAGACAUUUCUUCUAGUGAGCCUGUUCAUGCCAAGAAACGAAAACAGGAAAAUGUGAUUGACAGAUAUGAGAAAAUGCCAAGGCGCAUGCAGACUGAGCCAGAAAAAGAAAUUAUUCACCUGCUUCCUAUCAAAGACAAAAGUGGUAUUAUUCCACAAACAAUGGAAAAACCAGUUGUCAGUGUUGCACAGAAUGAAGAGGAGAAAGAUACAAACGAAACGGAGGUAGUAGAAGUAUCUAGGAGAGAACCCCAGCCUGUGCUCACUACAGAGGAACUUCUAAUUCAAAGGAGAAUGAAGCUGCAGGAAAAGAAGAUACACAUUGCAGCCUUAGCAGCUGCCAUUUUGUCUGACCCAGAAAACAAUAUAAAGAAGCUGAAAGAGUUGCGUGCCAUGCUAAUGGAACAGGACCCCAAUGUGGCUGUGAUUAUUCGGAAGCUAGUGAUGGUUUCGCUGAUGGAAAUAUUCAAAGAUAUUACUCCUUCUUAUAAAAUUCGGCCUCUGACUGAAGCAGAAAAACAUACCAAGGUUAAAAAAGAAACUCAGAAACUAAGAGAGUUUGAAGAAGGCCUUGUGAGCCAGUACAAAUUUUACUUGGAAAAUCUGGAACAAACAGUUAAAGAUUGGAAGCAAAGGAAGCUGAAGAAAAGUAACGUAAUCUCAUUAAAAGCGUAUAAAGGUCUGGCAGAGAUUGCAAUCAAGUGUCUGUGUGAGCUUCUUGUGGCGCUACCUCACUUCAAUUUCCACAAUAACAUUAUUGUGCUGAUUGUACCUCUCAUGAAUGACACAUCAAAAUUGAUUUCUGAAAUGUGUUGUGAAGCUGUAAGGAAGCUCUUUAAACAAGACAAACUGGGCUCUGUUUCUCUGGGUGUCGUUAAAGUGAUUUCCAGCCUUGUAAAGAGUAGAAAUUAUGAUGUUAGACCUGAGGUGCUAAAAAUAUUCCUUCACCUAAGAAUUAAAGAAGUAGAAGUAAAAAAAGACACAGAAGACAUAACUGCAAAUAAAAAGUUCAUGUCCUAUAAGGAGAAAAGGAAAAAUCUUUCAAGGAUGCAAAGAAAGUGGAAGAAAGCAGAAGAGAAGUUGGAACGAGAACUCUUGGAAGCAGAAGCCUCAGAGAGUAAAGAAAAAAAAUUGAAAUUGCAUACAGAGAUGCUGAAUAUUGUAUUUUUAACUUACUUCAGAAUACUGAAGAAGGUACAGAAAUCCCCUCUUUUGCCUGCAGUUCUGGAAGGUCUUGCAAAGUUUGCCCAUCUCAUAAAUGUAGAUUUUUUUGAUGACCUGUUGGUGGUUCUACAUUCUCUCAUUGCAUCUCGGGAUCUAAGCUAUCGGGAGAGCCUUCAUUGUGUUCUCACCGCUUUUCAUAUUUUGUCUGGCCAAGGUGAUGUCCUCAACAUUGACCCUUCAAAGUUCUACACUCACCUUUAUAGGACACUAUUUAGACUACAUGCAGGAGCUACAAAUGAUGAUAUGGUGAUCGUGCUUCAGUGCCUGGAUGUAAUGCUUACCAAACGCAGGAAACAGGUUUCUCAGCAACGAGCCCUCGCUUUCAUAAAGCGACUUUCCACACUUGCUCUCCACGUCCUUCCAAAUUCCAGUGUUGGGAUCUUGGCAACCAACAGAAUAUUGAUGCAAAUGUUCCCAAAAACAGACCUCCUGCUAGACAAUGAGGCUCAAGGUAGUGGACUUUAUCUCCCAGAACUGGAUGAGCCAGAGUGUUGCAAUGCUCAGAACACAGCUCUUUGGGAAUUACAUGAGUUACGGAGACACUAUCAUCCAACAGUGCAGAAAUUUGCAGAUCACCUUAUUGCUGGAGCUCCAACUGAAGGUUCAGAAGCUCUCAAACCUGAUUUGAGUCGAAGGUCUGGUGCAGAACUUUUUGAGACCUAUAAUAUGAAAGGAAUGACUUUUAACCCUCCUGUUGCAUCAGUUACACCUAGAAAAAAGGAUAAAUUUUUACAAGCGGAUUCAUUUCUCAAUGAAGAUUUAAAGGAAUUGAUUCAGACACAUCUCAAAGAGGCUGCUGUUCACAGACCCUUGGAUUUUGCUAAACACUUAAAGGAAUCAUCCCUAUCAUAAGUAUUACAACACAGUGCAAUUGACUUAAUUGGGGAGGAUGGGCUGGAGCAGAAUAGAAGAAAGAAUUUGUUACCCAUCAUCUUUAUAGGAAUUCAGAUAAAGUCCUAUUAUGGAAAGAUGAAAAAGCAUGUUAACCAGAACCCAUUGAUUAAGUAAGCUGUAUUUUCACAGGAAUCAUGCUGAACUGUAACAAAAGUAACUUCUGGAAGUAUAAAAACUCGAAGGCAGGUGAUUUUAAAAUGGGUUGAGACAUGUAUAUUAUUGCAAUAUUAUUUACAUAAAUAUAUAUUUUGCAAGAGUUGAAUUGGUUUAUGUUUGUUGACAACUGAAUGCAUAUUUCGGGAAGUGCUCACACAGCACACAGGAUUGAGUUCUUUGAUGCUUAUUUUGAGACAUCUGGAGCUUUGGCAUCCCUAGAGUAAUAACUUGAACUGUUUUCUUGUCUAACUAACCCUAUCUGUUAAUUUCUCUUUUAAAUGAUUUUCUUUCAGUGAUAUCCUUUUGUUACUUACUGAUCCAUAAAAGGUAUUUCAGAAUUGGGCAUAUGAAAUGUCACUGAAUGGGCAAUACCUUACAUGAACCAGCACUGUUGAAGAAAUUCAGAGUGAUUUUUUUUUUGUCUUACUAGUCUUAUUAGUACUCCUCCCUGGCCUUUAGUUGGUUACCUUAGAACAAGGUAUGUUCUGUUGCCAUUUUAAUGUUGGCUUUAUGAGACCUCUCACUUCACUUCACAUAUAAUUUUGCGUAGAACUGAUUUAAUAUGUGGUAUGCAAUGGAGUGCCUGAGAGCUCUCCACAUGGAGCAGGACCUCAUUGUGCUAGGCAUUGCACAAAUACAGAACAAUAAGGUGGAAUCUGACCUCAGCUUCUCUCACAUGGUUGGUAACCCCACAGUCCUUCAUUGUAGGGCAGAUGAGGUCUUUAGGUUGCUACCAUUAUAUAAAUGAUAAAUUAUAUAUAAUUCCUGUGUAAUCUGUUUUAAAUAUCUAACUUAAUUGUACCAGACUAUACAUUUUCAAUCAAAAUAGGUUAAAUAGUUAUAAGAAGUACGACAUAAAUGCACAAAAAUAUCACUGUUUAAGUCGGUGCUGGUGAGUCCCAAAAUUAAUAUAUUUUAAAACUUAUAUUUUCUGUACCUGAACUGUUAAAAAGGAUCUAUUGAAUGCUUCUGGCUUUGUACAAAUAUGUGUUUCUUGGUAAUUUAUAUGAUCCCCCAUCUCCAUAGCACUUCUCCUUGAGUACUUCUGUUCUUAAGUCAGAAACUUUAGAAAGUGUCCCUAUUGCCAAAAAUUUUGCAGUUAAGGAACGAAGAACUAAAGGUCCACUUCUCAAACCAUUUAUUUUUCCACAUAUACAAAUACGUUUACUUUUCAAGUCAGCAGAGAGAAAGUAGUCCAGGUGGAAAGUCAAAUUUAAAAUACAGAGUUUUAAUUUAUGUAACAUUUAUAAAAACUGGCACAUACUGAUAGAACAUUGACAAAACAUGUUGACAUACUUUAAAGCAGCACAAGGAAGACAAUUGCACAAGUAAUAAAUCAGUUUGAAA